AUGUGGCUCGACCGGUUCUCAGGGCAUUCAACGCCUGCAGCAAGCGCCUCUGGAUCUCCGCCUCCAUCGGCGAGCAGAUCGUACUCUCCAGCUCCGCGGCGGCGACAGAGUAACUUGGGUCCGCCUUCCGCAGCUCAGAGACCCGGCUUCAGCCCGCGAUCAUCGUCCCUCUCCUUGGCCUCCAACGACUCGACAACGUCUUUGUUGGGUUUGUCGAAACGGCCCAAUGGCUCGGCGCUCAGGCAGUCCGUCACCGCGGUAGAUGCGCCCAACCCCCUAGAUGUGCUAGAGAGGCUCCUAGCUUCGGGGGAUAAAGAGUCUCCGUCCUCAGAAAGGACCGCGGCUAGGAAUGGGAUACCCAGCAGAUUGGUAUAUGAUGAUUCCGAGUUGGAGCUCGACUUUGGUGGCCUCAAUUUGCGAGACAUAGCUGGCGGAAAGGGAUUACUUGCUAAGGAUGACCAUAUAUACGCUGUGCAGACUGUUGAAGAGUUCGAGAGUGAGAAAUCCAAGUUUGACGACCUUCACCGAUCGAUACGCGCCUGCGAUGAUGUGCUCAAUGCUGUCGAAAUCAAUCUGACGAGCUUCCAAAAUGAUCUGGCAGUAGUCUCCGCAGAGAUAGAGACGUUACAAGCCAGAUCCACGGCAUUGAGCGUUAGGUUGGAAAAUAGAAAGCUGGUCGAGAAUGGCUUGGGUCCCAUCGUUGAAGAGAUCAGCCUCUCCCCUGCAGUCGUGAGCAAAAUAGUCGAGGGCAAUAUCGAUGAAGGCUGGGUCAGAGCUUUGGCUGAGGUCGAGAAACGAUCCCGAGCGAUAGAGUUGAAAUCGAAGGAACAUGCGAAUAUCAAGGGAGUUGGUGACCUCAAACCCUUGUUGGAAAAUCUCAUCAAAAAGGCCAGUUUGCCUAAUAAUGCAUUAUGCCAUUUACUAACCUUUAUUCAGGCUCUCGAAAGGAUCAGGGACUUCUUGGUAGCACAGAUCAAGGCCCUCCGAUCACCUAAUAUUAACGCCCAGAUCAUACAGCAGCAACAUUUCAUCCGGUAUAAAGACCUCUACGCCUUUCUACACAAGCACCAUCCACAGCUAGCAGAAGAAAUCGGCCAGGCCUACAUGAAUACCAUGCGAUGGUAUUUCAUAAAUCAAUUCACGCGCUAUCUAAAGGCGCUCGAGAAGAUCAAAAUUCACAUACUGGACAAACAUGAUGUGCUCGGCCAGGACGACGGGACGCGGAAAACCAAUAUUCUGUCAGGAUCAAAAAGCCUAGGCCCACACGAUGCCUUCAAUCUAGGUCGUCGGAUCGAUCUCCUGAAAGCGUCGACCCAAACGGCGCUCCCGUCGUUCUUAGCAGAGGAGGAUAAGUCGACUCAUUAUCUUGAGUUCCCAUUCCGUAACUUCAACCUUGCCCUUGUCGACAACGCCUCUGCAGAAUACUCCUUCCUCACAUCAUUCUUCUCGCCCGCGCUCUCGUUUUCGGCGAUCUCGCGGAAAUUCAAUUACAUAUUUGAGCCGACUUUUGCGCUUGGCCAUGGUCUUACAAAGUCACUGGUUCACGAGACAUAUGACUGUCUAGGCCUACUAUUAUGUGUCAGACUCAACCAACAUUCUGCUUUUGAGCUCCAGCGUCGCAAGAUCCCCGCGGUUGAUGGAUACAUUAAUGGUACUAGCAUGCUGUUAUGGCCCCGCUUCCAAGUAGUCAUGGACCAACAUUGUGAGUCAGUCCGGUCUGCGACAAAUUCGGUCUCUACGCGUAAACAGUCGGCUUCAGAGCAGGCUAAGCAGUCAGCCGCUCCACACUUUAUGACACAGCGCUUUGGACAGUUUAUCCAAGGCAUAUUAACUCUAAGCACCGAAGCUGGAGAUGACGAGCCCGUCUCGACCAGCUUAAUCAGGCUGCGCAGCGAGAUCGAGGCAUUUCUUACAAAAACAAGCAAAACAUUUGGCGACUCGAGAAAGAAGGAGCGGUUUUUGUACAAUAACUAUUCAUUGAUUCUGACUAUCAUCGGGGACCUAGAUGGUAAGCUGGCGUUAGAGCAGCGGGAACACUUUGAAAGUCUCAAAAGGGCGUUUGAAGGUACUUGA